AUGCUGGGCUCUGAUGAUCUCUUCUACAUAGGGGGCAGCCUCAACACAGCUGACCUGCCAGGCUCCCCGGUCAGCAACAACUUCAUGGGCUGUCUGAAAGAUGUGGUCUACAAGAAUAAUGAGUUUAGACUGGAACUGUCACGGCUGGCUGAACAGCGAGACCCUAAGAUCAGUAUCCAUGGUGACCUGAUAUUCAGCUGCGAGAAUGUGGAAGCCCUGGAGCCGGUCACCUUCGACACGCCGUCUGCCUACGUGACAUUGCCCAGGUGGAACACAAAGAAGACGGGCGCCAUAUCUUUUGACUUCCGCACCACAGAGCCCAGCGGCCUGCUGCUGUUCAGCCACGGCAGUCUGCAGGGUACGCUGCCUGAUAGGAAGCCUCGGGCCGAUUUCUUCGCCAUAGAGCUGCUGGACGGAUUCCUCUACCUGGUCAUGGAUAUGGGCUCUGGCAGCAUCAAGAUGAAAGCUAGUAACAAAAGGCUGGAUGACGGCGAGUGGUGCCAUGUGGACUUCCAGAGGAAAGGCCGCAACGGCUUUAUCUCCGUGAACAGCCAGAGCAUCCCCUUUUCUGCUAAUGAAGGCAGCGAGAUCCUUGACCUAGAUGGGGACAUGUAUCUGGGAGGUUUACCUGAGGAUCGCCAAGCCCUCAUGCUCCCCCCGGAGGUGUGGACGGCUUCCCUCGGCCUCGGCUACGUGGGCUGCAUCAGGGACCUCUUCAUUGACGGACAGAGCCGAAACCUGUGGAGGCUGGCCGAGGUUCAGAGCGCCACAGGUGUCAGCAGCCUCUGCACCAGGGAGACUCAUGUCAGGUGUGCCAGAGACACAUGUGCCAACGGUGGACACUGCAGAGAAGGUUGGAACCGCCACAUUUGUGACUGCAACAGCACCGGAUACCUCGGUCCCAGCUGUGAGAAGGAGGCCACCAUGGUGAGCUAUGACGGCAGCAUGUAUCUGAAGGUGCUGCUGCCGAGGACGCUGCACACCGAGGCCGAGGAUGUGUCCCUGCGCUUUAUGUCCCAGAGGGCCUUUGGGCUGCUGAUGGCCACUACCUCUCAGCAGUCAGCAGACACGCUGCGCUUGGAGCUGGACGGAGGCAGAGUGAAACUCACUGUGAACCUGGAUUGUAUCAGGAUAGACUGUAAUCUCAGCAAGGGACCAGAGAUACUCCUAGUAGGCGAGAAGCUGAAUGACAACGAGUGGCACACAGUGAAGGUGGUGCGGCGUGGGAAGAACUUGCAGCUCUCUGUAGACAACGUGACUGUGGAAGGCCUCAUGACCGGCGCCCAUACCCGCCUGGAGUUCAACAACAUCGAGACGGGGAUCAUGACGGAGCGCCGUUUUAUCUCCGUGAUGCCUUCCAAUUUCAUCGGCCAUCUGCAAGCGCUCUCCUUCAACGGGAUGCUCUAUCUGGACCAGUGCAAGAACGGAGACAUCUCCUACUGCGAGCUGAAUGCUCGAUUUGGCAUGAGGCACAUUGUUGCCAAUCCUGUAACUUUUCUGACGCAAGCCAGCUACUUGGCUUUCUCCACUUUACAGGCCUACGCCUCCAUGCACCUGUUUUUCCAGUUCAAGACCACUAGUCCUGAUGGCCUGAUACUGUACAACUCCGGAGAUGGCAGCGACUUCAUUGUGGUGGAGCUAGUCAAAGGGUACAUCCAUUAUGUUUUCGACUUGGGAAAUGGACCGUCGCUAAUGAAGGGAAACUCUGACAAGCCACUCAAUGACAACCAGUGGCACAAUGUGGUGAUCUCCCGAGACAACAACAACGUGCACAUCCUUAAGAUCGAUUCCCGCACUGUCACGCAACAUGCAAACGGGGCACGCAACCUGGAUUUGAAAGGAGAGCUGUACGUCGGAGGUGUUGGUAAGAGCAUGUACAGCAGCCUGCCCAGGUUAAUAGCAUCCCGAGAAGGAUACAAGGGCUGCCUGGCAUCUGUGGACCUCAACGGAAGACUCCCUGACCUGCUGGCAGAUGCCCUCCACAAGGUGGGAGAGGUGGAGCGCGGCUGUGGAGGUCCCAGCACCACCUGCACAGAGGACUCCUGCCACCACCAAGGAGUGUGUCUGCAGCUGUGGGAGGGCUUCUCCUGUGACUGCACCAUGACCACCUACGGGGGGCCGUUCUGCAACGACCCUGGGACCACAUAUAUCUUUGGGAAAGGAGGGGCUCUUAUCACCUUCACCUGGGCCCCCAACGAGCGGCCGAGCACCCGAGCCGACCGGCUGGCCGUGGGCUUCAGCACUCAGCAGAAAGAUGCCAUCUUGGUGCGAGUGGAGAGCACCAGUGGGCUCGGAGACUAUCUUCAACUGCACAUAGAUCAAGGAAAGAUCGGUGUCAUCUUCAACGUGGGGACAGAUGACAUCACCAUCGAUGAGCCCGCUGUCAUAGUAAAUGAUGGCAAGUACCAUGUUGUGCGCUUCACACGCAGUGGUGGCAAUGCCACUCUCCAGGUGGACAACCAUCCAGUCAUUGAGCGUUACCCGCCAGGGAGACAGUUGACCAUCUUUAACAGCCAGGCGGCCAUUAAAAUUGGCGGUCAUGACAAGGGUCGGCCCUUCCAGGGUCAGAUUUCAGGGCUCUACUACAACGGCCUCCAGGUGCUCAAACUGGCAGCAGAAAAUGAUCCCAGCGUGCAGGUGGAGGGGAACCUGCGCCUGGUCGGAGACUCGCUCUCCGUGCUGACCACCGACACCACCUCCGCCACUCCGCUGGCGGUGUCCGAUAUGUCCACCACCAUCAUGGAGACCACCACCACGAUGGCUACCACCACCACCCGCAGGCAGCGCUCACCCAGCUUGAGGGAGAGCAUCUCAAAGAACUCCGAUGAUAUUUUGGUGGCAUCAGCUGAGUGUCCAAGUGAUGAUGAGGACCUGGAAGAGUGUGAGCCAGGAACAGGGUCAUCUUCCAACCCCACAGCCCCCGACGAAAAGAGCCAGCCCGGUGCCGUGGAGGUGAUCAGGGAGUCCAGUAGCACCACGGGGAUGGUGGUUGGUAUCGUGGCUGCUGCUGCUCUCUGCAUUCUUAUCCUCCUCUAUGCCAUGUACAAGUACCGGAACCGGGAUGAGGGCUCCUACCAGACAGACCAGAGCCACAAUUUUGCCAACAACUCCACUGUGGAGGGCAACGGAGCAGUGGUCAAGGACAAAAGCACAGCAACGGCCUCUGUGGCAAAGGCCAUCACAAAGGGCAAAAAGAACAAGGACAAAGAAUACUACGUCUGAGAAUGGAGAAGGAGAGUAGGCAAGUGUGGACUGAGACAAGAGGGUGAGAGAGGAUGCUUUCGUUUCGCACCCCUGUUUUGUCAGGUCGACUAUCAGACAAAUUUCACAGGCCACCAAAAGAAACAACUGCACAAAGCAACUGUAUCUUGCUUUUACAUCUUUUCUCAAAA